UAAAAUUGUUAUUUAUUAUUAAUGUUUGUGAGAAGUGUUUAAAAUGCAUAAGUAGAUAAAAUCGAUAUUCUUUGCGAAUAUCUUAAGUUUUUUUAGGCGUAUGCGGCCACUUCUAUUUACAGCAGGAUAACGACCCAAAACACCCGCAUUAUCUUGUACGUGCAGGGUUGUUAUGGAAUUAAAAAUAACUCCAUAGGUCCCGCAAUCACCAUACAUUCAAAAUAUCUGGAACUUUUUGAAAAAUCGUAUUCGAAAAUAUCGAAUUUCAUCAAAAUAAGGCCAAAAAGCUGGAUGAUGGACUUAGUGGGUCAAAAUAUCCGGAAAUAAUACUAGAAAUUGAGUGGGAGCAUACAUCGAUGUCUAGGGACAAUAAUAGCAACAAAAUGCAGUAAGAAAGUGAUACUUAAUACGAUAAAAUGGGCAAUUGCUUACAAAUAAACAGCACCGAUGACAUUUCACUUUUACGUGGAAGCGAAAGUAGCAACACACACGAUUUUACAUCUGAUCGAAAUGUUCCGGCUCCAAUUUAUUCGUUAACUUAUUCAUGGACAAAUUGGAUAUUAUUUUUGAUAGAACUGCUGCAGCCUGUCUUCUUUCCGUCUCUGUCGACUAGACGUCCAGCGUCAAAUUUAACUGAGGAAGAACAAGUGAAAAUUGCAAAGCGAAUCGGAUUAAUCCAACAUCUCCCAAUCGGCACCUACGAUGGUUCAAAAAAAAUACGCGAAUGCGUCAUUUGUAUGAUAGAUUUUUGUGUAGAUGAGGCAGUGCGAUAUUUGCCGUGCAUGCACAUAUAUCAUGUUCACUGUAUUGAUGAUUGGCUUAUGCGUAGUCUAACUUGCCCUAGCUGUAUGGAGCCAGUGGAUGCAGCACUCUUAACAAGCUAUGAAACAUCAUAACGUCAAUUGAGUUGAUAAAGCUUUUAUAUGUAGUUGGAAUGAAUCUUCUUUUUAACCAUACUAUUGAAAAAUUUUAUUUUAUUUGCUCGUAAAUCUAUUACACCAAUAUGUGGGUAUUACAUCACGCAAACUAGUUUAGGUAAAAUAAGAAAUGUUUUUUUUUAAGUUUUUGUUUUUGCAAAAUUUUACUUCGGUUGAAUAUGGAGGCAAAAUGUACGCAAUAUACACGUAUAUAUAUAUUUUUUAAUAUAUUAUAAUUUUUCUAAUGUUAGAGUUAAAAUAUGUAUGUCCAAACCAUUUCAAAUGUAGGCAAAAAACACUAGAAAAAUGUGUAAAUGGUAGGCUUUCGUUUUUGUAUAUAUACGAAAUAAAUAUUGUUAUGAAAAUAAAAUAGCCGAAUAUGAUAUAUAAACAAGUUCUAACUUUCGAAAUUUUCAAAAGGGGUAAAACAGUGUUUCGCAUAAAGUGUUUUUGAUUAGUGUUCUCCGAGUUCUCGAUAAUAAGCAAAAUGUAUUAUGUAUAAUAUAUGAGCACAUAUGCAAACAUUUAUUUCUCUAUAGCGGAAUCUUAUUGUCUGUAUAUUACGCACUGUUUUGCAUUUCUUACUAUUACAUUUUAUUUUUAAAAUUUCCAAAUAGAUCUAAAAAAUAAGUUCAUAUAGGGCAUAAAGUAAAUUCAUGUGAUAGUUUUUAAGUAUUUUGAAUAAAUGAUUUUUAAGUGGAAAACGCUGCAUAGCAGACGCUGCUAUUAUUACGAUUACGUAAAAUCUUCAUUUUAACUAUUUCUGUACAUUUUUCCCUCUAUUGAAAUAAAAGCUGCCAUAACUACUCUAUGUAA